UUUAGGGUGUAAAUCAGUUAAGUUACAUAUACUUCAAAAGAAAUCCUCUAAAAAUGUCAACGGAUACUUUGACAAACUCUCUGGGCAAACCAGGCAAAUUUCAAGUCCUCCUCUACUUAUAUCUCUCCACCACCUGGGUUUUUACAUGCUGGAACCAUCUUGGAAUGGCAUUUAUAGGAGCGAAAACUAAACAUCAUUGCACAGUAGCAAACAGCACAGAUGUCAGCCGACUGGUACCAUUGAAAAGCAAAAAUGGAAAGUCAAUACAGGAUGGAUGUCAUCUGUUUGAUGGUUAUAAUACUUCAGAAAUGAUACCAUGCCCAAAUGGUUGGACUUAUGACCUCCCUGAGGGAGAAGCGACUAUAAUAUCUGAGGUAAAAAUUUGUCAAAUUUAUUCCGAUAGUUGAGAUACAAACCACGACACCUUAUAUUGUAUAAUACUAUACUACAUACACUGGACUAUCACGCUCGAGAUCGGACCUUAAACAUUUCAGCAGAGAAAUGCAGAUGACCAUAGAUUCAACUACUUCGACGUAAAACGUCGACGAAAGGCCUUCGCUCGAAACGUUUUAAAGUUCUACUUAAUCUAAACUUAAGUUCUACUAUAUCCAUCUGCAUCAAUCUGCAUUUCUCUGGUGUUUGUGUCUCUACCUACACCGGCACAGAGAAUUUGAGUUCAUAUUGCUAAUCCUUUGCAGGCAGUUGGAUCUGACACAAAUCAUUGCAGUUUAUUGCAGAAUAUAUAACCUGCACUGGACCCCACGAUCGAGAUAUCUUUUACAGUGGAACCCCGCCUUACGGCCACCCCGUUAAUACGGUCACCUCGAUAAUACGAUCACUUUUUUUGUCCCGGAGAAAUACUAAUACAUUUUAUAAUAAAGUUACCCGGUUAAUACGGCCAUCCCGUUAAUAUGGCCAACGGCCAUAUUGUAGAGUCCCGAACUAAAGAAAUCACCCCAUUAAUACGGUCACUCAAAAAAAUAAAUGUGUUUACGGACGGAAAUGCAGUAUAAUUUAAGACACCUUGUGCAGUGAAAUACAAAAUUCAAGUUGCAUCAUAUUACUAAUUUUUUAUUUUUAUUAUCAGUCGCGCAAAGGAAAAGAAAGAAUACAAGGUUCUUUAGCGACGUUGUAUUCCCUAACAUUGUUUCCUUAAAAUUAGUGAAAACUUUAUCUGAACUUUAUAAUGUUUAGUUAUUAAUUGGUAUUAUGGUGGGGUAUGGUGUUGUGAUUUUCGAAUAAACAUAGCUUUAAUGACGUCACAAUUGAAAUUUGAUCUCAUCCGUUAAUACGGCCACCCCGUUAAUACGGCCAUAUUAUUUCGGCCCGUUGGUGACCGUAUUAACGGGGUUCCACCAGUGGAACCCCGCCUUACGGCCACCCCGUUAAUACGGUCACCUCGAUAAUACGGUCACUUUUUUGUCCCGGCGAAACACUAAUACAUUUUAUAAUAAAGUUAAAUCUUCAGGUAGUUCAGCCACAAACCAUGGCAGCUUAUUGUACAUUCUAGCGGCUAGAAUGCUACCUACACUGGAUCCCUUGUUGCAGACGUUCCGGAGCCAUAGAGCGACACUACGUCCAUAGUGAACGGGGAUAAUUUUGAAUUCAAAAUAUGCGUUUCAAAAAUUUCAAAAUUUAGUUCAAUUAAGAACUCGGCUAAAGUUACAAAUUUCUUGUGAAGGCAUGCAGUAAAUCCACAGCCAUCGACAUAACGUUAAUAAGAUUUAAAUUUGUGUCCGUGAGAGUUGACAUUGUAAUUUGAUUACGAUUGUAGCAAUCUGAGUCUGGAGUACGUUACUGGCUAAUAUUCCAAAAAUUAGCCAUUCCGAAGCUGAUGAGUGGACUGGGGACGAGUGAUAAAAAGUGCCCAAAUUAAGAAAUGAAUCACUAAAAAGACCACCUCAAAAUUAGCAAGUAUACAAAGUUUGAAUACGUUUACAUGAAUACCCUUCGAAUAAUAAGCUUUCGAAAAUUGUGAAAUUACUGAUUAAGGUAAUUACGCAGUUUUGCAUUGCGCACUUUUACUGCGCACAUCUUAUAACUUAUAAUUUCAUCCAUUAUACGUACCGCGUUUAAAAAUAAAUAUCAUUUUAUGACAAUUUUAUGUUACUUCAAAACAUCUUUGGGUACAUUCGUGCAAAGAAUUACGUUAAAAUCAAUGUUUUCAAAAAAGACAUACAAAAGUGUAGCUAGGGUUCCUGUGUUUUUGUAGCAUUUUUAUUUACUGGAAUUUCACGUUUGAAUGCCACAAUUCCCUAAAACGAUCGGUGACCCCGUAUUUUAACUCAUAAUUUGUUUCUUUAAUGCAUUUUACAUUUCAUAUCCGAAAUUAAAAGAAAAAUCAUUCCUGGAUAUUGAAAAAAAUUCCUUUAUCAAUGCAUGUUCUCAAAGAAAGAUAUGUAAAGAAAUGUGUAAAAGACAUUUGUGGAUCAGAAUUGUACACGUUGGUAGUUUCAUUUUGCUCAAAACACAAUAUUUUUUCAAAAAUAAUUACAAGAUAGGUUUACUAAAGCAAAAUCCGCGCUAAAAACGUCAAUAAAUAUCGGGCUGUUGUGAUUUUACUGUUACUCGUAAUGAGCGUCAAGAUGGCGCCAUAUUGGUGGUAAAGAUGGUAUAUUGUGAUUGUCAUAUCUUCUUAACGAGUUCGGUAACCCCAACUUUUUUGUGUGAUUUUACUUAAAGUGUAUCAUAAACUCCGUGCCUGGGAAGUUUCAGCACAUUCUCAUUUCGGGAACAAUUACUGCGGAAUUACCUUAAAAGAUUGUUUUUGGGACGCGCGUCCCAAAAACACAAAUUACAAUACAUUUCAUAGUAAAUAUCGCGAUUUUCGAAAGUUUGUUAUUCGAAGGGUAUUCAUGUAAACGUCUUCAAACUUUGCAUACUUACUAAUUUUGAGGUGCUCUUUUUAGUGAUUUGGUUCAUUUCUUAAUUUGGGCAAUUUUUAACACUCGUCCCCAGUCCACUCAUCAACUUCGGAAUGGCUAAUUAUGGCGCCUAAUCCUGUCUUUAAAUAACAUUUACUCCAUUUUUCUUCCAUUUUAGUGGGAUCUUGUCUGUGACAACGCUUACAAAGUCAGCCUAGCCACAAGCAUGUAUUUUGUCGGAGUAACGUUAGGGAGUCUGGUGUUCGGAACAUUAUCAGACAAAUAUGGAAGAAGACCUGUGUUUCUGUUUACAAUGUUCUGCCCAUUUGUUCUUGGUUUGUUCUUGUUUUUUAUAAAGAACUAUAUCGCAUUUGUUGUUUUUCGGUUCUUCCUCGGAUUCGUUCUUCAGGUACAGUAAUUAUAGCAUGAAUUGGAUCAAUUACUAAAUAAUAAAGUUAGCUGCACUGUAAGAUUUAUUUUCCUUAUUUCUAGGGUCUACAAAUUACCGCCUUUACCAGUCACAUAGAGAUAUUCGCCACUCAGUACAGAACAUUCUUCGGAAUUGGACAAGGGUUUUUUUGGGUGACUGGAGUCAUGUCAUUGGCACUGGUCUCUUACUUAAUCAAAGAUUGGCAUUACAUUCAGUUGAUGUCCACCACAGUUUUCCUGUUCCAAAUUGGAUUUGUUUGGUAGGUACUGGUUGGCAAUUGAUUAGUAGAUUGGUGGCUUCAAUAAGCGUCACGGGAGGUCAACAGAACAUUUCCCAUAUUGGCGUGACCUCAUAAAUUAUUCACUGGCAAAUGUCAGAAUAAAUUAGAGAGGUCAUUAGUAACCAAUUUCUCCCUAGGCAAUAUUUUUUAAUUCCUACCAGAAACUUUAAGAACCUUUUCUAACAUCAGUAACAUGUCAGCAACACCAAUGUGACCAAUGUAGAUUUGCAUUUAUGCAUAGCACUCAUGCUCGGUGGCCGGACAGCUUGCCAAAAGAUACUUGCCGAACGACAGUUUGCCGAAAGACAUUUUGCCGAACGGACAUUUUGCCGACGGACGUUUUGUCGAACGGAUGUUUUGCCGAACGGACAUUUUGCCGAACGGACAUUUUACCGAACGGACAUUUUGCCGAGCGGACAGUUUGCCGAAAAUAGAAGACUCGCAUUUUCUUGUCAGAAUAGUUAGCUUGCCUAGAUUUAAACUGACCAAUUUGCGAUGGUCUGUAAGGGUGUUUCAGCACAGAGGACUUGGGACUAGUCUGAGGGAGCUUAGCUCCGUGGGAGGUCGAGUGUCGAGUGUCGAGGGUGCAAUACAAUGUCGAGGUUUGAGGGUAAAAAGUUGAGGGUCAUAUACUCCCUGGAGUUGGCAGUACGCGACCUUCGUUAGCUGUCCUUAAUGCUUUCCCAACACUAUAUCAUGUAAGUUAAAACAUGGUUGGAACCAUAGAUAUCUUAUAUACACUACAGGGUGUAUAAAAAAAGGUAAUCGAACUUCAGCGCGCUAUUAUACGUGAAUCACUCGGCGUAUGAACAAUUGGUUUUCAUAUUUGGAAAGAUCAGGAUUUUAGCUAUUGAAUGACAUGCUUUUUAUACCAAGUGGAGAAAAAUGGCCGAAGAGGUAGCUAAACUCAAACGUGACAACACUAUGGUAGCAACAGCGAAGGAAGGAGAAGCCUUCCUCGAAGCGAAAGGCCAAGUUGACAAGGAGCAAAGACUAGGGCACAAGAAGAAAUUACUUCAACGGAAGAGCAGAGUGAUUUAAAACUAACAACGAGCGGACAGUUUGCCGAAAAUGGAGAUAUCUUCCGAACUUUAUAGGUUCGCUAACACGGUCAAAAUUUUUGUGAUUAAAGUCAUUUUCGAUUUUGAUGACAGAAACUUUGAUAGUGAAGUGUAGCUUCAAGUUUUUGACAAGUUUGCCGAAAUUUUGCGAUAUAAAGAAUAACAUCAUUCAACAUCAUGAAGUCAGCUACUAAUAGUCAAUUUGGUUAUGUAUACUGUUAACGACCCAUUAUGCACUGCUAAUGACCAUAUAAUGGUUAUUUUACACAGUGGUUGAGAAUUGAAGCACAGUCCCAAACAUUUUGACGAAAUAGCAUUUCUAUUUUCGGCAAGUUGUCCUUUCGGCAAACUAUCCGUUCGGCAAAACGUCCGUUCGGCAAAACGUCCGUUCGGCAAAACGUCCGUUCGGCAAAACGUCCGUUCGGCAAAAUGUCCGUUCGGCAAAAUGUCCUUUCGGCAAAAUGUCCGUUCGGCAAAAUGUCCGUUCGGCAAAAUGUCCGUUCGGCAAAAACGUCCGUCGGCAAAAUGCCCGUUUGGCAAAAUGUCCGUUCGGCAAAGUGUCUUUCGGCAAAAUGUCCGGGUACCCUCAUGCUCUAUCCAGUCCUAUAGUUAUGAGUUCAGUGACAUAAAGGGAAAAAACUCUUGGCUGGAGUGUUGAAACGAUGGGCCUAAAAUGUGAUAUGUCAGAGAUAACAUUCAUUACUUUUCUAUAGGUGUUUACCCGAAUCCAUUCGUUGGCUUCUAAUCAAUAACCGCUUUGACAAAGCAGAGAAAGUCGUUAGAAACAUCUGCUCUUUCAACAAGAUUACUUUCCCACAAGAUAUAUUUGAUAAAACGGUAAAUAAGAUUGAAAACAAGUCUGACAUCAAGAAUUCUACAAUUGUUGAUAUUUUCAAAUCAAGAGUGUUGAGGAAACGAUCUUUGAUUAUGAUGGUGGUUUGGUAAGUACUGUCUGGUAUUGUAGAAAUUCUAGAUAGGUGAAGUAGAUCUGAGCUGGGUUAACCAGUGAGAUCAAAGAUUCCCGAUUAAGGUUUAUCAUGCAGUGAGACCAAGAUGAUCAAGAAACUCCUGAUUAAUCACAUCUACGGAGGUCUGACCCCUUUGUCGAUCUACACCUAAAUUUUUACCUCUGCAAUCGGCCAAUGGCCAGGAAGAAUUAUGUUUCUACCUGGGUUUGUUAUUAUAACUCCAAAGUAUUAAUAUAUAGGAAGAGUUGUCGGACUACGAGAAGUAUAGUCCAAGGAAAAAUCUAUUCAAUUUGGAUGAAAAUUGAAUGCAAUAUUAGCAAAAAGGGACCAUUAACGUACCAAUCAAAUGUGUUUGAUGUAUCCGGUUACCCAGAUCCGUACUACACUGGAAAACACGCCUAGCCUGCAACAAUGUUGUUAAAAACAGGCCUGAACAAUAUUUUGCUGCCCAUAUUGUGUAAGCCAGUGGUAGCGGUAGUUGAAGUCAAAUACGAACCUCUAUCAUCGUUUCCAUGGUCUACCACGUGACUGUUUAGCAUUUCCCCUUGCUUUCAAUCGAGCAUAGUCUGUUAAGACACGACGGUCUGGAAUCCCUGCAAAUUUCAAAGCCACAAAAUAGAAGACCUUUUCUUGAUGUUGAACUGCACCUCGCCGUCCACAAUUCGUCGUGGCUGCACCUUUCAUCUCAGCUAUCCUAUUGGAUACCUCAGCACCUUUCAUCUCAGCUAUCCUACCUCAUACCCAGGCGCUUUAAAUAAUUACAAUACAUGAAGUAUUCAGGUAGGAAGGCGACGCGCGAAGGGGCUGUUGGGAAGGAUGUGUGCUGGGGAGCGUGGCAGUUCUUGUAUACUGUCAUGGCGGGAAAACAUAGAAUUUAAUACAAAACGUUACCAUAUCGUCAUAUACUUUGUGUAAUAAUAAAUUUUUACCUUGUAGAUGUUUGAUAAUAUGCAAAAUGCGCGAAAAAUGACUAACAUGGAGAAUAAUAGAAUGCUAUCAGUUGCUUAGUAUAAAAUAGUAACAGAGAAAUGAUUAGAAAGUCAUGAUUGCUUUUGUAAUAAUAAAACACAUCAGUCCAUACUUAAAAAAACAACAACGAGAAAUUUAUUAUAAUGGGAUCAUUAAACCGAAGCUUAUGUAUGGAAGUACUGUAAUGAGGUAUAGUCAUGUUGCAGUAAAGAGAAUCUUGACAGAAUACUAAAACUACAAAAGAGGGCAGCAAGGAUUAUUUUAAGCGCGGAAAAGACAACGCCUUCGAAAACUCUCUUCAAUGGGUUAAAUUGGAUUCCUUUCACUGAUGAACUAUUUAUUAGAAGAAGUAGUAUAGUAUAUAAACGUGUAAAAGACUCAUACAACUGUCCUAUAUAUAAUAAUUCUAUGCUGGUGAGAAAUUCUGACAUUCACAAUCGAGAAACGCGUUUUUCCAAGAUUAACAUGAUCUGUCCCCGAUACAACCGAAUAACGGAAGGUGGAGAAACAUUCGCGGUGAGGGCUAUCAAAGAUUGGAAUACCAUUAAUGUGAAAAUCAGGAAUUCUGCAAGCCUAUAUAGUUUUAAACAUAAACAAUACAAGGACUUUUUAGAUGCUCAAAAACUUUCCUAAUUCUAAAACACUUAUUAAAACAGUUAACUUUAAUUUUUUAGUUAUUAUAAUGAUUUUUCACUUCAUGUAUAUAUUUUAAUAUCCUUAGACUUAGAAAUACUGUACGGAAUAAUGUUACCAGAGGACCACGGAGUCAUCAGUAUUCGUACAGUCAAGUGUCAUCCUCUAUAAAUAAAGUCUCUUACUUACUUACUUACUUACUUACUGUCAACUGUACAUGCAGGCUUUAUGUAUGGUUAUCAUCCUCAUUAUAUGUCAAGUUUAUUUAUUAACAAACUUAAAACCACAUUUUACUCUCUGCACAAAUGUCAACAAUUGUUUUAAAAGGCUUCUAAGAAGACCUACAGCCCACAGGUUCAAUUGCUCUUUAAUAAUUUUAGUUUAGUUCCAUGUUUUUGUUUCAGAUACAAUUUAAUUUUUAGCUGAUAGUUUCUAUAAAAUUUACUCAGAAUUCUACGACAACAACAACAACAACAACAAUGUUCGAGUACAAAUAAAUGUAUUGACAUUUAUUUGUACUCGAACAUUACACUAUAACAACACACUAUUUAAUAGAUAAUUACUGAGGCCAACGGCAUUAUUCGAUAUAUUGCAGCCAGCUGAGGCCGAAGGCCGAAGCUGGCUGCAAUAUAUCGAAUAAUGCCGUUUGGCCGAAGUAAUUAUCUAUUAUAAUUACUGACCAGAAUCAAAAGUAAUUAUUUUCGGCUGGAAGACUACGUUGCUGCUUGUUGGGACCGUAUGACAAUGAAUCUAUCCAACGUUACACUAGACAUUUGUGAGGACAUGCAUGUAAUGCAUCGUGAUAGAACAGAUUUCAGUUUAAUUAAUCGCCCUAAAUUAAAAUCUGAACUUCAGGUUACCGUUUUGGCAGUGCUUCAGGCGCCCGAUGAUAUUGUAUGAGGGGCCUUUAGCACUGUCAACUUCUCAUCUUGAGAUGUUCACAUUAUCGCGUGUACUUGUCAGGAUGACGAAGGAUUGCGAAUAAUGUCUGUGUGCACUGAUACACGCUGCUGCAUUAUUUUUAAUAAUGCUGUGUGCACGCUGCAUUAUUUUUAAUAAUGCUGUGUGCACGCUGCAUUAUUUUUAAUAAUGCUGUGUGCACGCUGCAUUAUUUUUAAUAAUGCUGUGUGCACGCUGCAUUAUUUUUAAUAAUGCCGUGUGCUAUAUUUUAGCCCGUAUAAAUAUUUACCCCUGGGAAUUUCCCUACAAUCAAAAAAGACCGCUCCCGUUUUUCAUUUCGCUGAUAUAAUGCAGAGAGAAAACAAUAGGUUAUUAUGACCGUCAGUAAUUAUACUGAAAUAAUUACGAUUGAUGAAUACAGGCCACCUGAAAUAACCAUAGGGGCUGGCGAUGAGUCAGAUGACCUUUAUUAGACAAAAUAUAAGUAAAUGGGUUUGGUCAAGAUUGUGCAAUAUUUUUAUAGGAAAACGAACAAGAAACAAAACACCAACAAAUAACAAAUAGAAAAAAAUAUAUAGAAAAAAAGCCAAAAUAUCUUCAUCAUUUUAAAUUUUUGGAUUAAUAAAAAGCAAUAUAUGUUCUUUAAGUUUUCUUUUAAAGGUUUUUAGACGCAGAGACUUCAAAAAUUCAUUGACAGAGCUCCAAACUUUAGGUCCACAAAAUAUAAUAUUAAAUAUUCCGUAAUUUGUACGAACUGGUGGGAUAGCAUAUGCAUUUGUAAACGCUAAACGGAUCUUAUAGUCAUGCAUGGUUAUUUUUAAUCAAGGUAAAAAAGCCACAAAAAUCAGCCGGGAGAUCGCCCGAACUAUACUGAAACAUGAAUGAUGCUGUAUUGACAUAAACUAGAUCCAGAAAUUUUAGCAAGUUUAAUGCCUUAAAUAUUGGCGAAGUGUGCUCACGGAAACCGGAAAAUGUCAUUAUCCUCAUAGCCUUCUUUUGCAGGAUCAAUAAUGGGUGCAAAUUACUUUUGUAUGUAUGCGGUCCCCAUACCAGGACAGCGUACAUAAGAAAUGGGUAGAUUACUGAGUAAUAAACUUGAAUGAGUGUAUCAAUUGAAACAAAAUCACGAAGUUUAAAUAAUAUGCCAAUACCUUUGGAUAUUUUUUGCAUAACUCAAAGACAUGUCAUGAUCCUUCCAGUUCAAAUUACAAUCUAUAAUUACGCCAAAAUAUUUUACACUUUUCUUCUCAUUCAUUUUGUUGUUAUGAAUUUUCAAAUUCAUUGAGUAAUUAACUUUCUACGCAAUGACUAGUGUUCGAUUCUCUAAUCUGCAUGCAUUGUCAUUUGUCCUAGCUGUAUAUCAGAAAUUAGUUCACUCCAACAAACAUCGCUGGUUUUAUAAUUCUGGUGCAAUAAGAGAUGGUCAUUUCUCGACCUCUGGGGAAAAAGUUUAGAACUGAUAAAGAUAUCCAGUGUAAGUGUAAUGACUACGGUAUAUCCAUUUCGUAAUCUUUCAGGUUUUCAAUAUCUCUGGGUUACGUUGGUCUGACAUUGAAUAUCUCAAGUCUUGCUGGAAAUAAAUACUUAAACUUUUUCAUCAGUGGAGCAUUGGAUAUUGUCAUCGUUGCUUUAACAAUACUUGUCUCAAACAGGUGCGUUGUAGCGGUAUAUUGAGGAAAACCUCUCUAAUACAGAUCCCUCACAAAUACGAACACCUCUCAACACGAACACUUCUCUAAUACGAACACCUCUCCCAUACGGACACCUCUCUAGUACGAACACCUCUCUCUGAUACGGCGGCAUCUCUAUUACUAGAAGUUUCCAAUAUUUCCGAAUUCUCUUAUUUACAAAGGUGUACAGAUAAUACUAGACGGCAAAAUUAUGGGUACAUGUUCUAUGAAAUUUUCCCCUGUGACUGUGAAGUUAAUUGGUAUUCUGACUGUGAAGUUAAUUUGGAAUUCUUUACAUGAAUCAUAUAAAGACUUGCCGAUUUCUCAAAUUAAAUAUAAAAUUAGAAUCGAUUUUCUUGGAAAGUAUUGAUUCAGUUUCCAACUCCAACUUUUUCUAUACGUUAUAGGGAGUCAUGUAGGACUCCUUUCUCGAUCUUUUAAAUAUAUUUGAUAUAGAACCAUAUAUUGUCAAUUUUCAUAAUUUUUUCGUCCUUUAUUUGGUUUCCUGAUAUUUAUAUAGCCCUGUGGUUAUUUCAGGGAGCCAGCUCUCUUUCAAAUCUUCUCAAAAAUUACAAAACAAUUAGUCACAGAUCACAAAUAUAUUUUACUAAUAAUAAUAAUGUUAACUAUAAUUUAAAUAAUUUCUUUGUGUAUAUAAAUUGCAAUUUGAAAGGAGCAAAUAAAUCUUGUAUCUUGUAUCUUGCACUAGAGACACAAAUGAGUGUUUGUUAGAAAGGAAAGAGAACGAUCUUUAAAAAAGAUUGUUAUUUUCAAUUUAUAAGGACUAAUAAUUUUGAGUAAAUAUCAACCUAGAAUGAUUGUGUUUUGUGAGUGACUUCAUAAAACAAUAGUAAUCAAGAUUUAUGACUUUUUCUUUAGAAAGAUGAUUUAUAUAUGACUAACCAAUCACAAAGACCGUUCAUAUAGAUUGGUGGCAAUCUACAGGGGGUGGACAUAAAAAAGUGGACCCAAUAAAAAAUGGUAUAUCCUGUUCUUUGUCACCAUAUGUAAAAAAAGUCUUAACAAAAGUUAUGUGUUAUGGGAAGGUAUUCCUACCCGCUUGAAGAAAAUAUCAACAACAAAUGGAUUUAAGAGACAUUAAAAUACUCAUUAAUAAUUCGUAAACCUUGUGGCAAAUCAUGUCAGCCAUAAUAUGUCACGUGGAGUGACUUUAUAUCUGAUAAAACACAUGUGGCAUUAUAUAAUUGUUCAUCCUAAUUAGCAUGAUUAUAUAAUGUUCAUCCUAAUUAGUAUUCUUUUGUAGUCGUAUUUUAAGCUAUUCAAAACCCUCGUUGUCGGAUCGUGUUUUAUCAGAUAUAAAACGCUCGGCUGCGCCACGCGUUUAUAUCUGAUAAAACACCCCUACUCGUGUUUUAAUUAAAUAGUACAUAUAAGAUUAAUUUAAUGACUAGGUUACCCACAGGGCAGUAUUAAUGCUGCCUUUGGCAGCAAAAGACAGACUACAGGGUGUUGAAUGAGUCCUUCGGAAACAUCCUAUUAUUGUUAACAUCGUUGUUAACCCAUUUAUUGACAGUACCCUACCACUGACCACUGACCACGCACUGACUGAGUAUUAAAAAUCGUCUGGCGUUGGACUGGGUAAAUACUAAAGUAGGGGUCAUUAUUGUGCUGAUGGAUUAACAAGAGACGUAAGACAUUGGCAGAUAGGUUUGUUAACCAUGCAUUUACUGGCAGUACCCUAUACCACUGACGAGUAAAAUCUUCUGGCGCUGGACAAAGGAAGGGCGCAUUGCCAGCUAAUAAACCACUGUGGUUAAACAUAUAAGAUUUGAUGCUCCAGGAAAUGUAAACAAGAUUUCAGUGUGACAUCCCAGUUUAUAUAUUUAUAUACUCGGAAUAUUGAUUUCUCGGUAUAAACAAAAAUAUUUUAAAGUAUAACAACCAGGCUGGUUGUAACCAGCGAAGAAGUAAGCCACUAACGUUUCUAGUAAAAUUGGCCCAUUAAAUGUUUUAAAUGUAUACACAAAUGUCUUGCGACCGCAGACAGCCGAGUAUUGUAAAAAAUACCGGUGACCAUAAUGCAUCGCGCUUGGUUAAACUUCAGAUUUCAACCCCCAUUUCAAAGAUCAUGUCUGCUGCCAGCCUGCCUUGCUCGGUCGACCUCGCUGCGGCAGCAAUUAAUCAAUGAUAAUGUCAUUCAUUAUUCAAAUUAUUCUCCUAAUUUACAAGUAUUUCCAUAUAUUAAUGGCCGUUCUUAUUUUCAUUCUAUUUCCUUUCUUUUUCUUUUACUCUCGUUCAAAUAAUCCAGAGAAAAAAUAUUGCACAACAUUAUUAGGUCAACUGCUAGCGUUAUUUAUUCAUACGUAGACGGUUGUUAACUCGAAAGCUGAUGCUCUUUUAGGCCCAGAGGCGCUGGAAUAUCGAUAAUAGCUGGGGCAGAUAUUCAUAUAUUCGUGUUCACAGACUGUAAAAACAAUCGAUUUCAAAAGAAAUUAAUUGGGCAGAACACGAAUAUAUGAAUAUCUGCCCCCCAAUUAUCGAUAUUCCGGCGCCUCUGUUUAGGCCGUCGUGCAAAUUUUUAAAAACUUUCGUUCAUUCUAUUUUUUAUAUACUUGAAUGAACACUUACGUUAAUAAUGUAUAUAUAUAUUAAAAAUAGUGUGAAUAAAUUGAUUUGAGUCUGAUUUGAACUUACAUGUUUAGUUUGUGUAUGUGUGAUUAAAAAUUGUGAUUUCAAGUCAAGAAUUAGAAAAUAGAUAUAUUUAGAUUUUUUUACUCAAAAUUCAAGAUGGCGGACUUGAACAAAAAAUCUGUCAAAACUAUCAAAUUCUUCGCGCUGCAAUGUUUUGAUAUUCUAAAGCUCCAAUUCCUCAUUUCUGAAUGACUAAUACCAAGUAAAAUCGCAUGAUAUAAAAAUUAUUCAACCAUAUUAGUAAAUUUUUAAUCCAAAUCCGCCACCUAGCUUGAUUUUGAGUAAAAAUGUAUUUAAUUUUCAAAUCCUCGACUUGAAAUCAUGUUAAAAAAUAUAACUUUUGUUAAGACGUUCCUUACUUAUGGUGACAAAGAGCAGGAUAUACCAUUUUGUAUUAUAUGACAAAGGCGUGAUUUUUCCAAAUAAGGUCAUGAGAACACGAAAAAAAUGAGAGCGUGUUACACGGGAUAAAGCCGUAUUGCCCUCGUCUAAACAUGGAAAAUAAUAGUUAAAUAUUUUUAAUAAUCUAGGUUUGGACGACGCAAGUCAUUGUCUGUUUACUUUUUUAUCGGUGGAAUAGCUCUUAUUAUUGCAGGAGGAUUGUCGAAGUCAAACAGUAAGAUAUUCUGAUGUAAAGAGAUAAGAGAUUAACGGAUUACUUUUUAUUUCUUCUUUAAGCAGGAUUUAGUUCCGGACUGAUCCAAGGUCGGCAGCUAGGAUUCAUCCCAUCAAUCUCUUUCUGUCAUUUAAUUCCUCGAUAUAUUUUCCGAACUUUCCGAUAUUCUUUUAUCCCUGGCUCUUAUUCGAAGUUGGCUGCUAACAUUCUUCACUCCAAUUUCUUUCUUUUCUUCAAUUCCUUGAUAUUCAGAUCUUCAAGGCUGACUGUUGCGAUUCUUCUUAUCUCCUUCUCCCCUUGCAAUGCUCACCAUCAGCUCUUUCAUAUUUAAAUUUUCUUUCACACAGUUCAUCCGUUUUCGGCCAACUCUAAUCCUCACCUCAGAUAAACUGGUCCUUUUUCGUCUCUUCUUAUUACAUUUCAGUCAUACCUCAAUCUUGUUUCCCUCGCCUUCUCUGCCACUCUACAUUUCAUUCAAUUUUUUAUUGUCCUAACCAAAAAAAAAAACACUUAAAACUGUUCUUGACAAAGACGAAUAUGUAAUAGCACAAAAAGUUAAAAUGAGAGAGAGAGAAAGGAGUACAUACAGUCAUUUGCAAACUUACAAAUGAAGCUAAAACCUGCUCCAACUGUUUUUAUCAGUAUAACAUUCAUAAUUUCAACUUCUGUUUUGUUACAGGAAGUGUCCAGACCCUUGUAAUGAUUUUUGCGAUAGCAGGAAGAAUGUCCCUAAGUGGAAAUUUUUCGAAUUGUUUUAUCUAUACUUCUGAACUUUACCCUACUACGAUACGGUAUGUAUUAAAUAUCGUCUCAUUACCAUUCUCAGUUUUAGAUAGCAAGAUUGUGUAUAUAUUUUAUAUAAUUUUUACUGUAGGAACGUAGGUGUUGGAGCAGGGAUGUUCUGGACAAGAUUUGGCGGCAUCAUAGCACCGCAAAUUCUGUUACUGGUAUGUAGAGGGUGUCAAAAGCUUAGGGAUGUCAAGGGUCCCAUAGCUACACAAAAAUGAUCAAUUUAUUCUAUUUAAGGUAAUCAUGUGAUGGCAGGCAGCAUGAGCUCCACCUUUGAAUUUAUUAUAUACAGCAAAUAAGAUGUUAAUAGACAACUUGCAUGUUAGACUAAUUUUUUUAUUUGAGCAAAAAAAGUAAAUUCCCGUAAAGAACUUAUUAAAAUCAGUAAAAUUGCAAAAUUUGGUUACGAAAUAUUGUAAAAUACAGAAAAUAUAGCCUUGCGAAGUUUGCAUAUUUUCAGUAUGUUUGUAUUACGUGCGGAAAUUGUAAUAUGCAAACUUCACAAGGCUAUAUUUUCUGUAUUUUACAACAUUUCGCUACCAAAUUUUGCAAUUUUACUAAUUUCAUUAUGUUCUUUUUAACUGUUGCGUUUGAUUAUCCCGGGGCAACCUCCCUCCCUUAAGACUGCAGACCUCCCCAGCGAAUUAACCCAAUUUUCAAUUCAGUUUUAACCCAAGUGUAAUAAAUUUUUCCUAGGCCUUGGCAUCAUAUAAGACCACCAUAUUUUGACUUACAGCGGCAACUUAACAAUAUUUUUCCAUAGGGCGAAUACACAGCUGAGGCCGUACCUUUUAUUAUAUUUGGUGGAAUGCUUCUGCUGUCCGGUGCACUUGCCCUAUUGCUACCAGAAACUUUAAAUGUGAAACUGCCUGAGACACUGGAGGAUGUAAGAAAACUUGAAAUGUCACCAGAAGGCCAGGGAAAGAUGAGCCUUGUUGCUGAGAAAGAAAAUAUGGAACUUGUCUCGUGAAAGUUUAUGUAAAGAUAGUUAGAUCAAUGUUAGCUUCAUGAAUGUAUGAACAUAAUUAGUUUAGCAUGAAGGGUUUGGUAGAAAACGAGGGAGGGGAUGCAGGGUCACAGGUGCAGAGUUGAAUAAUAUUUGAAAUGAAAUUGAAAAAAGAAAAAUAUACAAGGUAAUUGAAAAACUGAAAAUGAAAAAGAAAACUGGGAAAAAAUAGAAAUUGGAAAAUAAAAUGAAAUUAAAAAUAAAGUUUUUUUAUAAAAUGAAUUUUUUUAUAAACUUGCAAAUUUGCUAAAUUUGAAGUUUUUAAAACUUUUCUCUUACUUUGAUGUAACGUGAAAUGCAUACAGGUUAUAACCCGCGAAUAGAUAAUUAGAACUUGGGUCAG